AUGUCGUCCCCACCUGUCUCAAGGGAUACGUCCUCUACAACUUCGAUAAAUUACAUCAGCGAAGUGACGGAUAUAAAUAGACAGCCACCGGAGAUCGACCCGUCGGAUAUAGGGGUCUCGAGACCCAUGUCCCGUUGCUCGAUACAGCCAACCACAGUCAUCGUGACGACCAAAACUGGAGCCGAAACUGGAGCCGAGGGGAAGAGACCGUAUCGGAAGAGUGCCGGUCAGUGUUCCUUCGGCCUGAUGGAUGACGCUUCGGAGCAGUCGAGUACGGUGACGCUCAAUACCAAGUGUCAGAGGAGGUACGAGCCGCAUGAGGGUGCUGUACACCCAUCGGCGAGGUGCGUGGUCACUUCAGAGGAUGUUGUCUCGUACGGGUACGCGAAUUCAGGGCAGUCUACACCGGCGUCAUUCCCGGAUUUACCAAACUUACCACCCAUGACUCUGAAGGAGAAGAUGAAAUUGUUGAAUAUAGAUAGAAAUCAACUGGGCUCGUCGAUCGCGGGUGGAUUGAACUCUUCGUCGCUGUACUCACUGGGUGAACAGCAACUGCUGGAAUCCAACGGUUCGAGUAACUCCUUCUUACUCAGAAAUCACUAUCAAGCCUGUUGGGGAAAACUGAGGAACACAAACACCGCUUAUCAGGAUGAGGAGGAGGAAGAGGGGGGUGUGGAAGCUCUGGGGGAGCACAAUAAGGACAGUAAUUCUCAUUACCUGGACCUGUUGAUAGGACACCAUCAGAGGGGAAACGACCUCGAUAGUAUGGUAAGCACCGUUGAUGAUGACAUGUCCUACAUCAACAGUUUGAAGUAUGUUCCGCUCAAUGGAACACCGUUGUAA